UCCACUGUCAGAGCUCGCCUCGUAAAGAUCUUUCCGCAGUUUCUACGCCGCCGCGAUUUGGUCCAUCGAUUCUGUUGGAUCAGCCGUUCGCGUACCUCGUGGUAGGUCACCGUGUCCCUAAACCUGUGACCGUGAUCAGUACCCACUGUUCGGUACCUAACAACUGUGACCCGGAGCAAAUAUCCCCGCAAAGUGCGCCCCGAGUGAGAAACGUCGAAUCUCAUCCCGACUUCAACCCCCUCCCCCAAGCCUCAACGGGAAAUGUCGACGGGAGCAUCGAGCUAGGAAGCUUCGGUGCACCAGGCUCCGAAACCGAGAGCUUAAUCUCCGCCGCAGCGAUAAUCGGGCGUCGAUAAUGACUGUACUAAGAAUGACUUCCCCGGGAACACCCCCUACCACAACACCCGGGUCACCUAACCGGGCGGAGGCUCCCCAGGCCUCGACUCGGCCCGUUCAUCAGCUGAGCUUUUCCGUCGCCGCGUUACUCGCCGACACCAAAAAGCCCACGGACUACUCGACGCGAGUGAGCAGCGCGUCCUCCGGCUCCCCCAGGUCCUCACCGAUCACCUCGUGCUCCCCGGUCCACCAGCACCUCCUCAGGACGCCGCCCCCACUUCCUACCAAUCUGUCAAAGCACCCGGCCGCAGAUCCAAGAAUGACGCUCUUCAUGCGGUUGGACUCGCCGAAGGAUGGCUCGGAUCUCAGGACCGCGUCAAAGUUCCCCGAAGCUCAGGAGCUGUCCGGGUCACCGGGUCGGCACGGGGUCGACUUCCGGCUGUCCGGAUCGCCGGCGUUCUCCAGCAGCGACCAGCGCACCCCCGAAAUCGGGAAUUCGAUGUCGCCGAAGCACCCGGCGGACCUCAGAAUCACCGACAGCUACGUCGAGAGCUCGCCCUGCGGAAGCUCCCCGUGUUCGGAGGGCGAUGCCGAGCUUGACAUGGAGGACGAGGACGAGGGCAGCCUCGUGGACGUCGAGGAACUCCAGCAGGCGUCGAGUCCGACCCCGGUCAGACCCACCCCCGCCUAUCUUGGCGGGUUUCCGUCGCUCGGAGCAAUUUCCGGCAUGCCGCCGAGCCUUCAUUCCGCCGUUUGGGGCGGCCACCAAUCCGCCGCUGCGGCCGCGAGCUUCUUUCCGGCUCACUUUUCUCACCAUGCUCCAUUGAACGAAAACGGGGAGCCGGCUAAGAUCAAGUGCAACCUGAGAAAACACAAGCCUAACAGAAAGCCUCGCACGCCUUUCACAACGCAGCAGCUACUCUCCUUGGAGAAGAAGUUUCGGGAGAAGCAGUACCUCAGCAUCGCCGAGAGGGCAGAGUUCUCCUCGUCUCUUCACCUCACCGAGACCCAGGUCAAGAUCUGGUUCCAAAACCGGCGCGCCAAGGCGAAGCGCCUCCAGGAAGCCGAGAUAGAGAAGCUCCGGAUGUCGGCUGUGAGGCAACACCACAGUGCCCUCUACGGUGGUCACCCUGGCCUUCUGCCACACGGGAGUCUCUUUCCUGUGGGAAUGCUACCGCCAUCUUUGUGCGGUCCUCCGCACCACGGUAUGCACCAGGUACCGCCGCCACACCAUUCGAUGUCCCAGCAUCAGCACAGGGAAUGAAUCCUGCAGCAGUGACGUCGCCCCGCGCGGUACAAUUUCAGGACCAAAAUGUCCUUCCGUUUUUCCUUCGCUUUUUCACUGCUGAUAUCGCAGUAAGGCGGUCGGGAUAAACGCGGGAGUUCGGCAGGACGGAGUUUAGAGGAACUCUCCGCUUUCUCUUUUAAAAUAUUUUCUCCCGUCUCUGGGGUUGAACUUCUUGGAUGAAUUACCUCGUUACGUGAUCCUGAUCCUCGGGUGGAUCCGCGUUUGAAAAUCUACGUUCACGGCUAUGUACGGCAAGCGCAGUUAUGUGUAAGAAGCAACCUAAGGAAUUACAACCGACGAAGAUCAGCCUCGCCUCAAUCUUUCCGGCACAAUCGAAGCUACCGAUACUGAAACAACUUUGUGUCUCCGAUUAACGAGAGAUUGUUUGCGGCCCUAGAGAACGACCGGAUUAUAUACGAUUCGGGGCGCGAGAUCUAGCAGAAAGUCCAACGGGUUGGGUUCAACCUUGUAAAAAGUGUAAAUCAAGACUUAUUUAAUGAUAGUAAUCGUUGUAAAUAUAUAUAGUUUCAGUCUUACGCAUGUAUACGUCAGUACGCGAGUACGAUUAUGAUAUACGUUAUAUAACGAGACUAAAAUUGUACAUAAAUUGGUGCCAAAUUAUUUUCUCUUGUACAUAUUAUAGUAUACACAAUAUUAUAUAUUAUAGACACAAACGAAACACGUAUGAAAGAAAUAUAGUUUAAUUUUGCUUCUCUUUACUUGAAUUCUGUUUUUUUUUUUUAAUUCUUUUUUUCUUUGUAUAAAUGUACAGAGUGACUGUUAUAUAUAUAUUAUAGCGGAUUGAUAGAGAAAGGAAAUACUAUUUAAUAAAACGUACUAUCUGAAAUUCA